GGGGCGCCAUGCGGUUAACUAAUGAUUUCUUUUUUAUUUUAUCCGCUACUUUUUAAUUUUCUGUAGUUCAUUCAUUAUCUUAGCCGAAAUUAAGUUUCAUAUAUUUUCGGCUUAUCGAAACCUAUUGAAUUUUAAAAAAAUAAUAUGGAUCGAUGUGAAGACAAUGUACUAAUUUUUGAUAAAUUGGAAGCUACUGAUGUUUGGAAAGAAUCUAAUUGCCCAGUAUACAUCACACCAAAUUGUGCAAGAACUGAUAAGAUACCAAAAGAAUUAUUUGAUUUUGAUGAUCAUUCAAAAUUUGAUGUAGAUUAUAUUUUACAAAAAUUACAUGAACUUAUCUCUGAUCCAGUAACAAGUACUAGUGUUCUUAGAAUAUGUAGAUUUCUGCAUGAUUAUCUUUAUUAUAUAGGAACUGGUGGUUACAAAAUAAAACACUUGCCCAUAAUAAUAAAAUUAUUAGAAUUUUUGGCACAAAAUGUUGAAUCUGUUAAAGAAUAUGAGAUACAUCUUAAUCAAAUGCUAGAGCUUUGUAGUUUACCACCCAUAUUAGAAAAGUCUUCUGAAGCCUUUUUUAAUUCUGAUAUAAUGGAACAGUAUUUUACAAUAUUAGGACAUCUUCUUGUAAUCUUACCAAAGCAAGAACAGAUAUUGAAAGUUCAUAAAGCGCUUCACUCUUUACUGUUGAAAAAAAAAUCAAAAAAUACUACUGCAAUAAAGCAGAAACUUUGUCAUACAGCUGUAGAAAAAUCACAGUUGCCAGUAAUUAUGACCGAAUUAUUAAAAUCUUCUUCACCAGACAUGUAUCCAAAAUUGUUAGAAGUGGUUUUUUUACUUUCAUCUAUCUCAUAUGGAUGCUCUCAUAAGAUGAUUGAGACUGGUAUACUAAACAUUAUACUCAUUAGAAUGGAUCUUCCCUAUGCAACUCAACUACGGUGCACAAGGCCACCAGAUUCCCUAUUAAUAGGGAAUGAAUAUCCUGAAGAAACUACUCUUUUAAUAAUGAAUACCUUGUGGAGUUUAAUGAAGUCUGUUCUUCCACCCAAUGUUGUGCCAAUUCAUUGGAAGGAUAAUUUGCCAUCUGUACACUGUGCCUUAUGGGGUUUAUGUUAUUCAUUUGAAAGACAAGUAUGCUAUAGCCAAUGUAGAAGCAUCAAUGUACAAAUCAGGAAUGAAAUUGCAGUGAUUAUUCUUGUAAUUUUAAUCACUUUUCCCUCUUGGAACCUUGUUAGUAGCGGUAUAGCAGAAGAUGUUAUCAAAUUUUUUGUUGGAGUUGAGACUGGAACUCUAAGAGUUUUUGCAGAAAAUAUAAAGUUUGGCAGGUCCAAUGAAGAUUUAUUCUUCCAGAAAAUUUUGUUGCUAACCAUUACACAUUUAGCUGAAGUUGAUGCUUGUAUUUUUUUAAUGAAGGAGAAAAAAUUGAUGAGAACUGUACUUCAUCUUGUUAAUCCAAAUACUAAAGAAUGUAAAAUCACUUGGAAUGCAUCUCAAUUUUGGAACUUAUGGACAUAUGCCAUAAAUGCUUUAUCUGUACUAGUCCCAAAAAUGCCAACAGAAUUUAUGGAGUACUAUGGCACGCUCAGAUUGUUCAUAAUAUUAGAAUGGUGCUUAAGUACAGACUAUAAUAUAAAAAUAGUUCAAAAUUGGACAAAAACAAUUUGCACAAUUAUUUUGAAUAAUAAUUCGAUUUUACUAGAAGAUUUCCGGGAACAUGGAGUUACAUUAUUAUUAAUCAAACUCAUAAAUCAUAUUUUGACCUUUGACAAGAUUACAAUGAAGGAUCAAAGAAUUUUAACAUUAGCUUUAAUCUCAAUUGAGAGACUGAUGAAAAAACAAAGAUUUCACCAAGAAAUGUAUGGAGAUCAAAGUAUUACAUUAAUUAUGGAACUAUUAUUCAGGUGUAUAUAUCAAAAGGAUAAGGAAAUUCAAGUAGACCAACGUCUUUUAUUAGCAAUAGGUUCAUACAUUUGGGAAUGUAUAUUAUGGUGUCCUAAAAAUCUUGAAAAAUUCAUUGGGUAUGGUGGAGUAUACAUUAUUCUUGACAUAAUUGAAAUUAUUCCAUAUCCUGUUCAAUGUGUAUUCCUGGGUGUAUUCACUGAUAUGUGCGAUAAUUAUUUUUGUGGGCCAUAUUUGUGUACAUGGAGAGGAAUUGAUAAGAAAACAGGACUGAUGUCCUUAUUAGCAAGAAUGUGGAGAGAAGAAGAAAUACGAGUUAAAGUUAAAAGAUUCCCGGAUGGUUCUGUUACAGAUGAAGAAUUACCCCAGAUGAGCAAUAGACAAUGGUCAGACACUUACCGUAUUAAAUUAACUCAAAACAUUAGCCCAGCAGUAAUUGAUAUGAUUGGUUCAGUAAGAUCAAAGAUAUAUAGCCUUAGAAAAAUAAUUGAAAGGGAUCAGAAAAGAUAUCAACAUGCAAAGGAGCAUUACAAAAUAUUAUAUGCUGAUCUUUCAAUGGAAGAUAGAAUUACAAUAUUUAACAUGGAUUUGUAUUUUAAAAUAAAGUUAGGUCAAAUAUGGGUAGAAAUUUCUAAAUAUUUUGAACAGGCUGGCAUUACUCCACUUGGCAUGGAUGGACAGGCACUUUUUUUGAUGACCCAAAGAUACUAUUCUUGGGGUAAACUAAUCAAAAAUGGAGAGCAAAAAAUAAUAAAAUCUGUACAGAUUGCAGAGGAUAUAGAAGAAAAAGAUGAAUAUGCCAGAAUUCGUGAUGCCAAACUUAUUCUAGCAUUAGAUGCAUUUGAUGAAUUAGACUAUAUAUAUAGAACAACAAAUAGAUCAUAUUUAUUAGAGAAAAAAGAUGAACAAAUUCGGCAGGUUAACGCAGCUUUAAAUUUCCCGCCUAACGCAGACGAUGCACAUUGUCAUAGAACAUUCUUUCAUAAACCCCCAAUUACGGCUAUAUAUAGUCAACAUCCAGUAAUAAAGAGUAGUUUAAGAUCAGAUUCAAAUUUUAAUCAAGUGAAAUGUCUUCCUGUUUCUCCUUGUUAUUCGUUUAUUUCGGACAAUGUGUGUUCUUCUGAAAUUUCUUUGCCUAUCAUAACAAGUAGCUGUAUUCUUAAACCAGAAGAAUUUAUCGAAGAUGUGUAACAACAACAUGGUAUAAAAUUUUACACAAAAUAUUUAUUUCAAUAAAUCGUUUAUAAACAUUUUCUACGCGCCAAGUACAGUAUUAAUUUUAUAUUCUAUCAUUUUAUAAAUGAGAAGUUUGUUUUCUAAAAGUUAAUAAGAAGAUUGAAAGUUUUUCCAGAUUUCAUUUUCAUUUGAAACAUAUCGAAAAGGGCAUUCGAGGAUUAGCCACGGUU